UAUCCGUGAGGUAGACUUUAAUUUUAAGAAAAUAACCUGCGUUUAAAACCCAAGCCCGCAGUUUAAAAAAUGUAUUUUACUAGAUCGAUAUCUUCUUUUUAUGGAUGCAGGAUUUUUAUAAUGCCAAUGAUUUGAUGGCUAUACCUCCUGAAUAUGAAUUUAAAUACUCAGAAAUUGCUGAACGUUGAUACGUGGUUCUGAAUUCCGCAAUCCUGAAAACACCCAUAAGUUAAUGCGUUAGCCACGACUGUGCGAUUCAUUCUCGGGUUAUAAUUUGACUGCAAAGGGCAUAACGAAAUAAUAGUACGUUUAAAUGUGCUGCUUACAAAUACAACUCAGCUACUUUUAGUUAGGGGAGGUGAAUAAAAAUGAUUUUUUAAAACUCUUUAAAUAGUUUGCGAUGUAUGUCUUCUUCCAUAGUUUUGUACAGUACAGCUGAGAGAUAUAUGCGUAGUUAUGUUUUUUAUGAAUUAUUAAGCGUGAUAAAAUAUUGACCAGUCUUGAUUCAAUAAUAAUAAUAAUAAUAAUAAUAAUAAUAACAACAACAACGAUAAUGAUAAUAAUAAUAAUAAACUACAACAACAACAACAAUAAUAAUAAUAAUAUUUUGCCAGGGUUGAAUAGGCUCUGCUUUUGAUAUUAACUGCAAGGUUAAUAAUGGUCUAGCAUAUUGACCUUUAGAUUUGAUUAAAUAAAUAAAUUCAAUAAAUACUGCUUUAGACAUGACAAUAAUGUGCCGUGAGCCCUGGACCAGAAAGGCGGACACCACAGCAGGACCAAGGAAAGAUCACAAAACAGGCGAAGCAGCUUAUAAAAAUUCUCAUGUAUGCUCACGAAGACCCAGACUUCACAGUGUUCAGAAAAAGAGUAAAACGUUUCUGUGUGUAAUUAGAGCCAGGAGAUGUUUAGGAGCCAAGAUCAAGUACUCUAAAUGGUCACUAUGUCCCUGCCGCGCACGCUCGGGGAGCUACAGCUGUACCGAGUGUUACAAAGGGCCAACCUUUUGGCAUACUAUGACACCUUCAUCCAGCAGGGCGGCGAUGAUGUUCAACAGCUGUGUGAGGCUGGGGAGGAAGAAUUUUUGGAGAUAAUGGCCCUGGUGGGUAUGGCCACCAAGCCUCUACACGUGCGGCGUCUGCAGAAGGCUCUCCGAGACUGGGCUGCCAAUCCGACGCUGUUCAACCAGCCUCUGGCCAACGUGCCGCUAAGCAGCAUCCCCCUGUUCAAGAUCGACACCAGUGGGAGCAGCGUGGGGGCGGGGACAAGGAAAUCUGUGAGCAACGGGCAGCCGGGAUCUCCCUGUGAGAGGGAGGAACGGGUGUCGCUCACUCCCAUGCGGAGCGGAAGCCCAAAAAGCCCAUCCUCCCAGUCCUCCCCACAACCUCCUGACAACCUCUAUAGGGACAAGCUGUCUCCUAUGGACCCACACUGGCUAAAUCCAGAUCAAGAUAGUGGCAGUGCAUCAGGGACGAUGGUGGAUGAGGAUCAGUCCAGCCCUCCACUUCCCCCGGCAGGACCCUCGACUCCUCCGGCCUCUACUUCCUCCUGCGUCUCAGCCUGGCCCGGAGGACGACUCGACCUGGAAAUGGUGCGACUGGUGGCGGACAGUGUGGGGCGGCACCUACGCACUGUCCCGAAGACUGAGCCAGGGGAGGUGAUGACUCUUCUCAACCUGAACAAGAAGCUGGCCAAAACUGUGGGCCACAUCUUCGAGCUGGGGCCUCACGACCCGGCCAAGGAGGAGGAGAUCCGCAAGUACAGCCUCAUCUAUGGACGGUUCGACUCCAGGAGGCGAGAGGGCAAGCAACUGUCACACCAUGAGAUGCUGAUAAACGAGGCGGCUGCGCAGUUCUGCAUUUGCGACAAUGCCCUGCUGCUGAGGCGGGUGGAGCUCUUCUCUCUGGCCAGGCAGGUGGCCCGGGAGUGCGCCUACACCUCCACGCUCAAGAAAGCCAGGACAAGUACAGAAGAAUGUGGCCUGCCAUCCCAAAAGCGCAUGAAGCAGGAGGUGACCGUGUCUGACUCCCUCCAUGACACUGCUGAGAGGCCCGUGGGGGGGUCAGAAGGUGGACACCAAGGAGUGUUAAGGCCAGGGACGGACGAGGAGAGCCUGUCGGGGGAGAGUCUGGAUGGCUCAUCACAAGACCUGGGCUCACAGUCCAGCCAUUCUCAACCCCCCUGCCCUCCUGUUGAUGGCUCUGCUCACACAGCCUUAAGUCGCCACCUCGUGAAGCAGGCGCUCAUGGAUGAGGGGUUGCGAUUGGCUAGGCUGGUGUCACAUGACCAUAUGAGCAAAGGCUGCCCAGGGACAAGGUGUAUUCAAACUACAGAGCUGGAAGACAAAGCUUUGGAGAAGAGCGACUCAGAUAAACCUUGCAGAAGAAGCAGCUCCUGUGGCAUUAAAGAUCAUUCUGGAAAAGAGAAGGGCACUCUCUGAAAGACCCCCUCACCCGCUCUCUUUUCCGUACCUCCCUCCCCAUCAAUGUCCAUUUGGGCAGUAAUACUUUUUUGGCUUUUAACACCAAAAGCCAAGCGAUGCUUUAGCAGAGAAGAGCAGGCCACAGCAUCCCUGCUGUAAUUUGGAAGGCCGCGGAUUAACACUUUAGAAAAUUGAUCUGAUCAUUUUAUUUUUUGUAGGUUACACGUCGCGACUCUAUAGGCACCCCGGUGCUGUUGUUUCUUACAGAAAUCUUCUUGCACUGAUAGACUUUAGACUUACUCUCACUGCAGAAAUAUAACAACGCUUUAGAUGGCAGAUGCCAUAAUACUGUUUCAUCACAUGUCUAGGUACCUUUCUUCCGGCCGAUCAAAAUCAAUCGUCUGAUUUGCUCAAUAUAGCCUCCUGAGACCCAAGGAAAAAAGUGUCCUUCAAUUUUAGUUUUUUUGUCUUUGGAGGAAAUAAGACAUCUUACAAUUUAGAUUUUUUCAAAUGUACUUUUAUAUCUAAUUUCACAGCAUGUCCUCUUUAGUGUACAACAGAAAUAAAUAUGUUUCCUUACAUCAGUGAAAAGAUAGAUGCAAAAACAAAAUGUCCACUACAAUGGACAUAAAUGAAUGGAUGGGGUCUCAGGAGAUUACAGUAUCUUGGCUAACAUAACAACAGCAGUUCUUUCUGCUUUCUUAAUAUUGUGGUGGCAUCUUGGCAUCAUAUGUUAAAGUAGUAGUGCUUACCCCCACAGUAUUCAUUAUUGAUUUACAGUUUUUAAACACUUCAGGUGCUACAGCAUUGAUAUUGCUUAGCUGAACAGUUGGAAAGUUUCUGUGCAGUUAGUGGUGUGAAAGAAUCCAUUGAUUCUUUGAUACUUUAAGAUGCAUAACUUAAUGUUCUUUUAGACAUUGGUCUUUGAUAAUAGAGAAUUACAUCCUUUAGACAAAGACUCAGUGCAUUAUUAUUUGGUAGAUUGAGAUCGCAUGUUGUUUCUAUACUAUAAUGACUCCAUCUUAUAGCAGAAAUCAUUUUAAAUUUAAAGUGAGCAUUGCCUGGGUGAUAACAUUUUCAGUUGUAGACAACUAAUGUACAAAACAGACCAUGAGGUGUUAUCCGGUUAUGAAAUCUGCAAAAGUUCGCCUCAAUCUAAAUGCUGUCUAAUGAACUAACAAGGGCAGUUAUGUUGUUUAGAGUAUGGUACUGAUCUAAUUGCUGGAAAAUCUCAAGUCUAAACACUAAAUCACUGGGUUUAAAACUGGGUAAAUGUUUAAGCCUGGUUGUAUGAAUCUAAAUCAAAUCUGUGUGAAAAGUGUUAAAAUAAUUAUAGAAUGGAUGAAGGAUUCUUCAGCUGUAUCUAUAGUAUUAUGAAAAUUUAGCUUUUCACGCAAAGUAACAGGACCGGCAUGUAUUUUAACUCAGGAUGUAAAGGAUCACACAGCUCAUAUCCCAAUGGAAGAGUCUGGAUCAUUGAUUUUUCACCCAGGAAGCAUUUGGCAACCUUUUACAUCUCAAUGCAUUGUAUUAUAAUGUAUAGAUUAUCUAUUUUGUUAAUUUUCAAUAAAAAGAUAUUUUACA